UGUUUAUGACAAGCGUUUGACAGUUUACAGACAUGUGUUUAGAUUAGAUCAUAAUUUUAGAUAACUUCCAUCACCCAAAAAUUAUAAAAGUGAGAAAUGCAAGAUUCUAGAUGCCGAAAAAACAACCAAAACCAAAUUUUUAAAUGGAAGAUUCCGAUUUAACUGAACAUUUGAAGAUCAAUUACAGUGGCAUAAAAAAGAAUGGCAAAAUUUAUCUUUUGAUAUUAUUGGCAACAAUCCCUGGCUUGUGCUUCUCUUCGGUAACAUUACACGCCAUAAAAAUUGGAGCAAGCGAAACUUUGCGAUGCAAAAUUAAUAGUUUCGAAAACGCGUCUUGGAAAUUUCAAGAGUUAUCACGCCCGGAUGGCGUCCACAAAGAAUGUUUUAUUUUUAAUUAUGACUAUGAUAAACUUGCUCACAUGACACUCAAAGACGCCAAAAAACUUGUUGACAAAGACUAUGCAAAUAGGACACGAAUCAUUUGUACAAAAUUUGUGGCCGACGAAAAUAAUUCGCGUCCUGCGGCGUAUCCUCAGGAGUUCGCCAAUUAUUGUGAAAGUCUCAGGUACGAUUUUUUGUACGAUGUUGGGGCCGUACUUCCGUAUAUCUUGGGCUGUUUAUUGGUGGUGCCGCUAGCCGACAUAUACGGACGAAAAAGAAUUUUAUCGCUGGGUUGUCAUCUUGCGUACAUAUCGGUUUUUAUAAAAAUUAUUAUGUUGCAUUUUACUAGAGAAGCAAUCGGCGAAGCUGUAAUUAAUUACGCUUAUCCAGUGUUAAAAUACACAACUGAAGCUAUCAUAAUUGAAAUAACGGGAAACGAGCUCAGACCUGGCGCGUUCGUAUUAACUUUUUUGGGACUCCAAGUUCCCCAAUUUUUAAUUGGAGUUAUGCCACCACUUAUGUACUGGAAAUAUGCAACACUUUUGGCUUACAGUACAGUUUUGUUGUUACCACUCCUUCUGUGGUUUGUGCCCGAACCAUCACUCUGGUUCAUUUCAGGACAGCAAACAAGAACGGCAUUGUUUGCCUCAGAAACGUUGAAUGAUUCUCCAAGACACAAUGACACGCUCCUGCUCCUACGCAAUAAAGUAAUCACUUUCAAAAAAGCGAAUAAACUGGUACAAGAGUUCAGGCACAAAAUUAAUUGGAAGGAGUUUAUCUCAAUUAACGUAAUUUCAAUCAGCGUCGGGUUUUUAUCAUUUGAAUCAUAUUCGAAACAUAAACUAAUGUAUGCUAGUCUGGAAAAUGGCUGGAUGAGAAUUUUACAUUUCUCUAGUGGACUAUUUGGCGUUAUUUUCACAAUUCCGUGCGUCUACAUAAUGAACGGUGUUAAAUUUUCGCUGGCGGUUUUGUUUGGCGGAUGCGGAGCUCUGUUUGCCUGUUUGUGUUUUUUAAAUUCAGAUUCUUUUGAUAAUUGGUUCGCAAUCGUGACAUUUUUUAUCGAAAUUUUAUCAGUUAUUGUGAAAAUUUUGUUCGAGUUUUACCUUCAAAGAAUUUUUCCGACCAGUCACAGAUGCUUUUGUACUGGAAUUUGUGGUGCAACUAUGACCUUUGGAUUACUUAUUGUAAUUGGCAUCCAGCAAAUAAGCAGUUUGGCGAGAGAAAUUAUAACAUCGGUUGCUUCAAUAUCAUCUUGCAUAAUCUCUAUUUUUUUCGUAAAAAAUUUGUCGAGAAUGGAUUCGCUGCACAUAAAUUUUGCAGCGUAAUAUUUGGAUAAAUAAAAGACCGUUUAAAAAAUUAAA